CUAACUCAUCAUGUCAGUUAGCAGAGAUAACAUUUUGUUUUUAAAUUUAGCUGGUAACUUUACGCAAGAAGCAUUUUAUUACUAUGCGUUUUAGAUAAUUAAAUAUAAAAACGGUGUGUUGAAGCGUUUUGCAGCAUUUCAUUGCUAGAACCAUAGGGAGGAAUUAAAACGGUACCACACAGUAUGCCUUUGCCGAUUGAUGCUCCCACCUGGAGGUGAUCUUCUCCACCUAAUUGGCUUCCUCCCUCCAUCACCAUGCCCACUGAACAGCAGACCACUUCUCUACCCCAACCCAGCCCAGAGUGCUUUUCCUGGGACUAUCGCCUUCAGCUCAUCAGCCUUGGCUUUGGGUUCUACACGGCUGUAUUUCUCCUCUCCCAUCUCCUGUCACGAGCUCUGUGCCACACUUACAAUGCUCUCCCAGCCAAAGAGAAGGUCUUCUGGAACCUUGCAGCCACUCGGGCAGCGUUUGGCAUUCAGAGUUCUGUGGCAGGACUCCGGGCUCUGACUGAGGAGUCCGCGUUAAGCAAAGACAAAGUGAUUGGCCAGGAAGACUGGUCAUGGUUUCAUGUCCUCACAGCUACCGGCUUUUUUGUGUUUGAGAAUGUGGCACUACAUUCAUCUAGUGUCGUGUUCCGGUCAUUCGACUUGCCCUUGGCCACACACCAUUUCUUCGCCCUGUCAGGAUUUGCAGGUGCUGUGGUGUUUGAUUCUCAAGGACACUUCCUGGCAAUGGUUACUCUCCUCCUGGAGAUGAGUACACCUUUUACCUGCAUCUCCUGGAUGUUGCUGAAGGCUGGCUGGGCUCGCACUCUGUUCUGGAGAGCCAACCAGUGGGUGAUGAUCCACAUGUUCCACUGCCGAAUGGUGCUCACUUAUUACAUGUGGUGGGUGACUCUGACCCACUGGGAGGGGAUAAACACCCACGUGGCGCUGACCCAAAGGCUGAUCUUCUUCUCUGGGCUCGCACUGCUCACAUUUAUCAUCAACCCCAUCUGGACGCACAAGAAGACCAUGCAGCUGCUAAAUCCUGUGGACUGGAAUUUUGGGAACAAGCUGGCACCAGUUAAUGACAUUGCAGAGAAUCAGUCUGGGGUUUGUAGAAAACCCCAUAAAAACUGAAAAGCAUUUACAAGAUUCCAAUCUGCUGAACUUACACUGCUUUUGUAUUCCACUUCUGAUAAUUUAUGUUUGAGAUCAAGACUUUUAAGAGUAUGAAAAGCAAUUUGGUUAUAUAUAUGGGCGUGAUCUAAUCAUGCUGUGUCGCAACAGUCUUCCAUCAUGUUGUUUUCCAUAGAUUUGUUUCAAUUUACUAUUUUUUUUUUAUCUUGUUUGGGGUAGAAAAGGGUGUAUUUUUUAAAUCAGUUUUGUAAAACAUGUCUUAUGCUCUCUGUUUGGGGAAUAAAAUACAAAUAAGCUGUUUCCUCAAGCUCUGCACCUGUCACACACGCACAGCAGAGUUUUUGUUUAAUUUGAUGAAACUGACUUAUUUGUUGGAUCCAUUAAAACUUAAAUGGACAAAUUAGUUUGCAGUAGUCUCAGAGUGCAAGUCUGCAAACGUGGGAAACGUCAGUGCAGCAGAGAUUUGUCAGGGCACACAAAAAGCUUUUCUUCUUUAUCAAUGGAAGAAAGCACUGGAAUUGUUGCCUUCACAAAGGCCUUACUGUCUGAAAUGGAAAUGCAGUGUGACAAAAGUCAAACAACAAUGACAACAGAGCAAGCAAGUUAUAUUGAAACCAAGAUGUAUUUUUAAAAUAUUAAGAAAUAUACGUUAAGCUGCAGAAGUCGAGUAUAUUCAAAAGUAAUAUUAUUGGAUAUUUGCUUAGACUUGCUGCAUUGCAUUGGGUGUUUGCAUUAUGCUACAUCUGGCAAGGGGAUUUUUUUUAUCUGUUCUACGACCAUUUGCUCUAGGUUUAUAUGGUUUUGUUAAUGUAAAGUGUCCUCAAAAUGCCACAUCAACUUUUAAAGGGGCAGUAUUAAGUAAUUCUUUUUUUUUUCAGUUGUACAUGUGAUAAUGUCAGUCCCUCAUCAAAAAUAUACCUGGAAUGUUGCUUUGAUUCUCCACUCAUGUUUGUGAAAUCCUUUAAUUUCCCAUGGCAUUUGGGUGUAAAAAACGCUUUGUCUCACCAAGUGCAGCUUCUCCUCAAGCUUUUGCCUCGCAGAACUCCUCUCUCUUGCGACUUCCCUACUCAUUUCCUUCAGACUAGCAGCAGCAGCAAUUAGCAAACACCUGGUGGAACCAUGCAUCUGCUGAGCCCUAUGUAUGGAACACUUGACAGUGCAAUGCUCCUAAGAACGAUGUCAUGAUUCACUGAAGUCGGAAAGAGCAGAAGCUUCUUAAAGAGAUAGAAGCCCAAUUUCAAGGCAUUAAAUUGUAAAAUCAAAUUACUUUUAAGGUGUGUAAUACAGCAUUUUUAACAGUUAUUUGAUUGUGCUAUAAAAUGUCAAUAUGUCUCUGGAAAAUACAUAAUACUGCCCCUUUAUAUGCCAAAAUCAUGGGCACUGUAGACUAUAUGAAAUUGCCUUUUUGAAUUAUAUUGAUAUACACUGGAAUAAGACAUUCUAGUGGAUAUUGAUUAUUCUGCUCUGGACUGAAUAUUCUAAAACAUAUUUAAUUGGUUUAGAUAGUUUCAAUUGGAAACAGGAUUAUGUGUUUGUGUGGUCUAUGAAUAUGACUUUCAAAAUAAAAAUAGAUUUCUGAUACAAA